UCUCUCUCUCUCUCUCUCUCUCUCUCUCUCUCUCUCUCUUUCGUCGGCUCGAUUUUAACCAUAGCGAACAUGCGACACCAGGAGCGCUUCGCCAUGUACGCAUGACAUCAUGUCGAUGUCUGUGCGUGACACGUCGUCCGCCCGUGGCCCACGUCGAAAGUGACGGUGCACCCCUCGGCACGUCGAGGGGUGUCAGCGGAACGAGAUUCCGACCUGCCGGGUCCACGACAACGCGGAUGCAGGGAUCCGUAAACCGCGACGUCACGGCUCGAUGGAUCGAUCGCGCGGAAAACCUGCCGUGAUCUGGGAACGUCCCGUCGCGGAUAAUCGUCGAUCGUCGAGCGACGUUGCUGCCGGAAUGGACGAAAUCCUGGAGGAAGGAUUCAACUGAUACGCAUCUAAGCCAGGAAUCCUGGAAAACUGUGCGACCGGCCAAAGGGCCGACUAGAAACAGUACCUCUUUUCUUGCUCGCAAAGAGGAUCAAGAAAGCCUUAUCGUACUUGCAACCUAGUCGAAGAAAAAGAAUCAGAAGAAGGAAAAGGCGGCGGAGUGGAAGAGGAAGGGGGAAUAAAAGAGGGUAGAGAACUUAAACGGAGCUGGGAAAAGAUAAGUAAAGAUGUCGGGCGCGGGCAGAGAAAUGGAAUCCCGGGCGAGACGUUCGAAGAUCUCGUGAUUGGUGUCAGCGUCUGGCCGAGGAUAUAAUCGAUCGCGCAAAUCGAUCGCGAUGGAGGCAAGAGCGAACGAUUCGUUCGUCAGGUCGAUUCUUCGAAACUUCUCGCUGACCCGCGAGUAUCGGUACCCGGACGAGCCACCUGGAGGAGAGACAGCCACGAACGUCAUCGAUGUUGUCACCACGACCGUGCAGGAGGAGAAGAUGGUGGACUUUCUGGGCGAUGCCCUCGCGGGGAACGACAGCGACGUCGAUGGCAACGAGUCUGGUUGGUUCAACGAAUCGACGACCGUCGCCGUCUCGACUCUGUCGGCCUCCUCGUCCUUCGCGGACUCCACGUCGUACUCCACCCCGAGCGUGGACAAUUACACCGGCAGCGUGUCCGACCUCUUCGCCUUCGACGAUCUGAGCGAUUACAUCAACAAAUUCAACUACAGUGUCCUCGUGAACCUGACGGCCUACUACGACGGCGGCGCGGGUCUGAACCUCAGUAGCGUCAAUUGCACGUCGUCGAUAGUCACCGGAGGUGUCGGGGGCGUCGUUAGACCGGGCGAGUGUGCCGGGACGAUCGACGAGAAAUCGAACGCGAACAGCUGGUGGGCGUUAAUACUCGUAAUCGUGCCGUGUUUGACGCUCUUUGGUAACGUGCUCGUCAUCUUGGCGGUGGUGAAGGAACGGGCAUUGCAGACUGUUACCAAUUAUUUCAUUGUCAGCCUGGCGGUCGCCGACCUUCUCGUGGCGGUGCUCGUUAUGCCAUUCGCAGUCUACGUACUGGUGAACGGCUCUUGGAGUUUGCCUGGGUUUGUUUGUGAUUUUUAUAUCGCAAUGGAUGUGACUUGCAGUACCAGCUCUAUAUUCAAUCUCGUGGCUAUUUCAAUAGACAGAUAUAUAGCAGUGACCCAGCCGAUAAAGUACGCGAAGCACAAGAACAAUAGAAGAGUAUGGUUGACGAUACUGUUGGUCUGGGCAAUAUCGGCCGCGAUCGGCAGCCCGAUUGUCCUAGGCCUGAAUAACACCCCGGACCGGAUACCGGAUCAAUGUCUGUUUUACAAUACGGAUUUUAUCAUCUACUCGAGCCUGUCCAGCUUCUACAUACCCUGCAUCAUCAUGGUAUUCCUUUACUACAAUAUAUUCAAGGCUUUGCGAAACAGAGCGAGAAGAGCUCGUGCUAGCAAAAAACCGAAUUUAGGUGAUAUAAAACCAGGAAGUAUCAUCGAGAAUAUUGCACAUACGCGUAGUGGGUAUUCUGUGGCAAGGUUUGCGGAAACGGCGCUGGGGGCAGCCGCCCUGGUGGCACCUGGAAUCGAGGAACCGACGAACACUGCUUCCGGCAGCAACGAGGACGAGGAUGAGACGCCCCUCGAUCCCGUCGUCGUCAUCUCCAAUGACAAGAGCACGGAAUUCUUUUUAGCCACGGUCGUCGAGGAAGCAGCUUGUCGUUUCAGCGCGGUGGCGCAGGCCCAGCUGACCGGGACACCCCACGUGCAGCGGAAUGAUUCCAGCGGUUACGAUGGCGCGGCGAGCAGUACGAUGAUACACGAACCACUCGAAACGAAUUCAAGUCCCAGCCCGAAUCCGCGGAUCACGUCGGGCCCACCGUCCUCGUCGACCUCGUCGUCGCCUCCGCCGGCGCGGAUCCCGACCAGCGUGUCCUCGAUGUCGCAGACGGCAAAGAGGAACGGUAACAACGGCGGCACGAACAAACAGGAGCUGAAGCGGCUGAAGAGCGCCGGUUCGCUCUUGCCGCUGCAGCUCGCGAGAACACCCAGCGUGCUGUCGUCUUCCUGCAAGAAGGACCGAAAGAACGCGUCGUCCGGGUCAAGGUUCACGAUAUACAAGGCCAACAAGGCGAGCAAGAAGAAAAGGGAGAAAAGCUCGGCUAAGAAGGAGCGCAAGGCCACGAAGACUCUGGCGAUCGUAUUAGGUGUCUUUCUAAUAUGCUGGGUGCCCUUCUUUACUUGCAACAUCAUGGAUGCAAUCUGCACGAAGCUGACGAAGGCUUGUCAGCCUGGCGUUACGGCCUUCAUCGUCACUUCCUGGUUGGGCUACAUGAACAGUUUCGUGAAUCCCGUAAUAUACACUGUGUUCAACCCCGAAUUCCGUAAGGCCUUCCGCAAGCUGAUCAGCAUAUAAGCGAGCGAUUCACCCCUUCCUCUGAAGAAGAGAUAACGGGACAACAAACGUAACUCGGUGUGAAUCAUCGUAUUUGUGAUGUAACAACGAGAUUUCGUAGACUCUCGGCAAGCUCGCAACAGGUACUGUUGUUCUUGUAUUUGGAACCGCAGCAGCUGCAUUUGCCUAUCGGUUUUCGCGUUCUGUCAAUCAUUGCGUGUCAAUCGUUUCCCAAGCAAAGAGAGAAAUCCGAAUUUCACAAAACAUUCCUCAUUUUCUAAAAUUUAAGUGAUAUACGUAGAAAGAAAAGACAAAAACAUUAUUUUCAAUAAUCGGUCAUGUUUAAGCUAUGCGUUUCGUGAAAAUAAUUUCUUUGCAAAAAAUUAUUAAGAU